AUGCCGUCGAUUGUGAAUUUUCAUAUAACUAGCUCAUUCGUUAUUAUAGCGUCAACGUUAAGUUCUAUAACGCCCGGUUUAGCGUUCGGUUUUUCUUCGGCAUGCACUCUCCAAGUGUACUUUACGAUCUCGAAAUCUGCGAUUUUCGCCAGUUCAUUGAACAUUGGUGGUUUUUUAGGCGGGUUGCUGUCAGCGCAUAUGUUGUCAACUGCUGGAAGACGUUUUACUCUUUUGGUAUCUUGUGUUCCUACUGUGUUAGGCUGGUUAUGGAUGUAUCUAUGUUCUGACGUAAUAUAUCAAAAUGCCUUCCCAACAAAUUUAUUUCUUUUUGGUCGUCUUUUAACUGGAUUUGGGGCGGGAUUAUGUAUUCCAUCUUCUGCCACAUAUAUGUUAGAAAUAUCUCCCACUAAAAUUCGUGGUAUAGUUGGUUCAUUACCUCAAGUUGGAAUAGUCACAGGGAUUUGUAUAUCUUUUUUCAUGGCUAUGUUUACGCUCUGGGAACAAAUCGCCCUAGUAAAUUCCAUUUUCUCCAGCGUCAUACUAAUUCUCGUAUGGCUUCUCCCAGAAUCUCCGAAAUGGCUUCGAAAAGCUGGCCGUAUUCACGAGGCUAACAGUAUUAGCAUACAGUUGUUUGGGAUAGUUAGUGGACAUUCUGCGGAUACGAUCGAUUUAAACGAAAGUAUAACCAAUAGUGAAACAAAACAGCACUCAUUAUGGCAUUAUAUCUUUCCAUGUUCACUUGUUCCGUCAAGUCAACAACCUCAAUUACGAAUGGCUACAGCCCUCAUGAUAUUUCAACAGUUAACUGGUGUAAAUGCUAUCCUCUUUUUUGCUGAAUCAGUUUGUCUCAUUGGAAAUGCAAAAUCACCUCCUGUUUGUGCCUUUUCUAUAGGCUUUUUUCAAAUGAUAUUCACUAUUUUAGCAGCUUUUGUUAUCAACCACGUGCGUCGAAAAAUGUUACUUCAAUUUAGUGCCUUUAUCAUGUUUAUAGCUCUAUUAGCCUAUAGCAUUACAAUUUCUACUUAUUCAUACAGUGAUGAACUUGGUCAGUUUUGGAUUAUUUUAUUUAUGUUUGGUUAUUCAUUUGGCUGGGGACCAUUACCAGUACUUAUUAGUAUGGAAUUAUUUCCAGUUAGUAGUCGUGGAAAUGCUGUCAGUGCUGCUAUUGCUAUCAACUGGAUCUUUGCUUUUAUAAUAACAGAACUAUUUGAAAUAACUGUACAUAGCGGACACCUGUGUCAAAAACUCUUAUUUAAGAACUCAACUCAGUGGGUCAGACCAAUUCCGAAGCUCUUCAUAAGUGCGUAUCUCAUUCUCAUUUGAUUAUACGUUUGCUUAUUCUCAUUAGAAGACAUGAUUUAAAUGAUGUGUACACCUUUUCAAGUUUCCUCAGCACAUUAUUGAAGUAAAAAGUAUGAGAUAUUCACGAAAAAGAAUAUUAAAGGUAGGUUAAAAAAGUAUUUAAUGUUUCCGUUACACUCUAACGUCAUUCAUUCCAAGUCAAUGAUCAUAGUUGUCACAUAGAACCUGUUUUAUUGUUAUCACUUAGUAGAACAGAUCAGAUCGGUAACCACAUGGAUUGAUGCAGGCUACAGAUUUGGAUACUUAUAGCCUUCUUUUAUUCUAUUCCCAUCACAGUCAGUCUAGGAUUUCAACAUUGUUGGUGGUUAGAUGAAAAAUCAUUCAGUUGUUUCAAACAUCAACCGAUCAAUAUCUGCGAUAUUCAU